CAGGACUGACAGCUUUCUGCUGUAUAAAAACACGUGUUUUUGUAUUGAAAAUUGGAGUUUUGAACAGUUUUUAAUUCAGAAGAAAUUUACACACGAUGAAGAAAAUUAAAAACGGGGAUGCUAUAGCUCUCGAAAAGAGCAACCAGAAAAAGUUUAGCAACAAAACCAAGAAGUUGAAACAACAGAUAAAAACCGGGAAAAUAGAAAUUAUAGAAGACAAGAAGAAGAAGCAACGGCAAUCUGCUGAAGAAAAAAGAGGUCUUAUAUACAUCGGACAUAUACCACAUGGAUUUUAUGAGGAAGAAAUAAAGCAGUACUUUGAUCAGUUCGGCAAAGUUACAAAUGUUAAAGUAUGCAGGUCUAACAAAACUGGGCAAAGUAAAGGUUAUGGAUAUGUGGAAUUUUUCCAUCAAGAAGUCGCCAGAAUAGCUGCUGAAACCAUGAACAAUUAUCUGAUGUUUAAGAAGAGAAUUGUAGCUGAGUAUGUACCCUAUGAAAAAAGGCCAAAUCACCUAUUCCACGGUGCAAGCAGUACCCAGAACAGCUUUUCAUCACAAUCUAGAAGACGGAGGCAGUUCCCUACACUUAAUGGUCCUGUGGAUGAAAAGACUCAUACAAAAAGAGUAAAAUCGAGACUAACAAAACUCAAUAAAAAAUUACAGAAGUUACACAGCAUGGGCAUUGAAUCAAAUUUUGAACCAACAGGAGAAAAACCGGUUAAAAGGGAUCAUGCUGAUGCUGGUGAUGGCAUAACAGAGAUUAUUCAGGCAACAGAAUUUGUCUCUGAAGUAGAUGUCAAGAUUCCUCUUAAAAAAUCAAGAAAAUCUAUCAACACAGCAUCAAUUAGUGAACCAAAAAUAUCAAAAUCUGGUAGUAGUCAAUCAUUAUCAAUUAAAAAAUCUAAAUCAACAAAGUCUGUGAAUAAACUGUCAAAGAUUGAUAAAGCCACAUCAGUAGAUUCUAUAUUAAUAGAUAAAAAAGAUCCCAAGAUAAAAAAGAAGAGUGGCGGAAUCAUAAAAAGAACAAAAAAGCCAAGUCCUUUGAAUGCAGAUACUGUAAAAAAGAUUGCUAGGGAAUUAAUUAGGAAGAAAGGUACUUCUCUGGUGACUUACGUUACACCAGGUAAUAAGAAAACUGGGAAAAGGAAGAUCAAAUCAGAAAAGGUAUAGACCUGAUAUGAUUAAUGUGGUUUUUAAUAAAUUCUGCUAAAUUUACUGUUCUGUUUGACUUUACAAAUGUAUGAACCAACUUAAUAAUGUAUUUACUGAUAAACUAUUUCAAAAACAUACAAUAAAUAUUUCUUAACUACUAAAGUUUCGCAACUUCUGUCUGGCAAGCUUCAAAAUCUAGAUUAAAUAUCUCUGUGGAUGGCAGUAGAUGCUGCAUCUGCCAAUAGGUCACAUCAUACAUACUAUAUGUGGCAAUAUUUCAUUUUAUCAUAUCUUAUGCUUUUCAUUUUUUUGUUGAAAAACUGGCUUGCAGCAGUUGAUUGCCUAUU